AUGGUAAAUAUAAAAAAUAAUCGAAAAGAAACCCGCGAAGAAACUAUUAAAAGGUUAUCCGACCCUAAUUAUCAAGGAGGGAAUUAUGCUUUGCCGGAAAACGCAAGCGAAUCAGAAAAAAUUAAGUAUGAAAUUUGCCAAAAUAUAGCCAAAUACAAAAGAAUAAAUGAAAUUUAUUUGAAAGAUUUAGCCUACGAAUUAGGAAUUUCUCAAACUAAACUAGAUAAUAUUUUAUAUUGUCGGAUAAACUUGUUGAAAUUAGAUGAGUUGGCUAAUUGUUUAGAGAAAUUACAAAUACCUUUUCAUUUAGAAAUUGCAGGAAAUACUAAAAGGGCUUAA